GCUGGCAUCUGAGGAUACUCGUUUUAAAGCCUUUAUUCUGCAGAAGAAUAGAAACAAUAAGGAUUGAAAACGGGGGUUUUUGUAAGGUGCUUUGAGUUUCUCUGCUGCUGCGCGCACGAGUGGAGGUAGCUGAAGGUACAGGCUGGGCAGUCCCAUCCAGUCCUUUAGAGACAGAGCUCAAUGCCAAGGCACAUCCCGCCCUCUCUCUGCUGAAGGUCGUGAGGACGUUGGACCCCGUGGGACGGAGCGAUGAGCAACAGUGGCGCCAGAGAGGGACCGGCUCGGCAGGGCACCGCAGCGCCCCCAGCUGAGCCAGAGAGGAGAGGCAGGGGCAGGCCCAGGAAACAACCUCAGGAGCCAGCUGGCCCCCCCACCCCGAAGAGACCUCGCGGGAGACCCCGUGGCAGCAAAAACAAGGGGCCGCGCGCCACCCCAAAGAAAGCAGAGCCUACUGGAGAGAAGAGACCAAGAGGCCGGCCGAGGAAGUGGCCCCAGAAAGUUGUUCAAGAAGAAGCACCCCAGGCAGCACCAGAGGAAGCCGCAGAGGGACCCUCACGACAGCAAUCAAAGACCUCAGGAGAAGACUAGUGACCUUGCAGUAAACCUCUACCUCAUUGGCUAGGCAGCAGCAGCAGCAGGACGCGAAAAGGCCUGUUGCCUAGCGAGCCAUGAAGAUUGC